AUAGCGCAAGGGGCGGAGCGAACGACUGACAAACUGCUGCAGUAGCGAGCGAGCGACAUGAUCAGAAUGAACCUCUGUAAACUAUCAUAAACUACAAAUCAUGGGGUUCAUCUUUCAAAGACAGCGCUCUAUAUCGAAACAUUUACAUAUAUUUUACUAACCAGUGUUUGACUGAGGCGUCUGUCCUCUCUCGCUAGUUUCAUUUUUUAAAAUUAAUUUAUGGCCGCUAUGGAUUACCUGCUGCAGGUGAAAGUUGGAGCUCUGGUUGGGCUGCUGAUCCUAACUCUGUUUUUUGGGUUUAUCCCAGCGCGGAUGAAAUGGUUUCAAGUCUCUAGUGGAACAGUGACCCACAGGGCCGUGCUGAGUUUUGUGAGCUGCUUCGCGGGUGGCGUCUUCCUGUCCGCCUGUUUGUUAGAUAUCAUCCCAGAUUACCUUUCCGACAUACAUGAAGAGCUACAAAAGCAAGGCCUUGAUGAAGGCUUCCCGCUUGCAGAGUUCAUCAUGGCGUGUGGCUUCUUCACAGUCUUGAUCUUGGAAAAGAUAGUUCUGAGUUGCACAGAGGGCCACAGAAAUGAGGAGACGGCUCCUCUUUUAGCUCCUGCAGGUAACGGACAUGCCCAUGGACAUCCCUCGCUGAAUGAUCUGGAGGGGAGCGGUCACCACGUCCACGUGGAUUUUCACGCGCACUCGUCCUUCCGCUCCUUCAUGCUCUUCCUGUCUCUCUCUCUCCACUCGGUGUUUGAGGGUUUGGCCAUUGGCUUGCAGACCACAGACACGAAGGUGCUGGAGAUCUGCAUCGCUAUCCUGGUCCACAAGAGCAUCAUUGUCUUCAGUCUGUCUGUGAAGCUGGUUCAGAGUGCGGUCAGGCCCCUGUGGGUGGCGCUCUACGUGGCCGUCUUCGCUGUGAUGUCUCCUCUCGGCAUUAGCAUCGGCAUCAUUGUGAUCGAGGCUCGGCUGAAGGCUGGCGCUUUGAUCCAGGCGGUGCUGGAGGGGCUGGCGGCCGGGACGUUUGUCUACAUCACCUUCCUAGAGAUCCUUCCCCAUGAACUGAACUCCCCUGAGCGGCCUCUGCUCAAAGUGUUCUUCCUCCUGUGUGGUUUCUCAGUAAUGGCUGCUCUGAGUUUCCUGGGCUGAACAAUACUUUGCAUUUUUUGGUGCCCCGUGGCCAGAAAACUGGAACCUUCACAAACUGCAUGUGAUUUCAAGGAAACGAAAGGCUCAUUUUGCUUGUUUUUUUUAGAGGAACUGAUAUUUACAAGCACAAAGAUGCUGAUGUCUUUAAAAACUUUGACCAGAUCAUUUAUUAGUUUUAAAUGAGGAAAAAAAUUAAUUUUCCUCAGCACUGAGAAACAUAGUAUCUGACAUGUAAAUGGAGUCUUUUACAGAUUUAAAAAAAAAUUUUUUUUAUUGAACUUGUUUUAGCCUUUUCAAACUCUUCAUAUUUUAUCUGGGGAAUUGUUUCCAUGCCACGUUUGCGUUUUCUCUUUGUCAUGCAUAACACUAUCUUAAAACCACCAGCUGUCUGACUGAUUUUAAAUGUUUUAAAUCAAUUAUUCAUCUUUAUACAUUAUGAACACUGACUGCAAUAUUUCUGUAUGUUACAUACAGUUAUUCAGUAUUGUUUUUUUCCUUUUAUGUGCUGCAUUUCCUGUACAUUUACAUAAAUUCGAUGGGCAGCCAAAUGUUUUGAUUGCACAGUUUGGAUUUACAGAUUUCACAGUAAAAUCAGACAAAAUGUGUAUAACUAGUAUUGUGUUUUUUAAAGACCACGUGUGUAUAUGUUCCAUAGUCAUAUGAAAGUAUGAUUAUGCAACAUAUUAAAGCAAUAUAAAUAUAUUUUCAUUUCAAACUAAUGGAAAUAGCAUGCCGUUUUAGUUGAGAAGCGUUUCUGUGCCUUUAUUUGAAUGAAAACUAGCAAAUUGCAUGUUACUGAUUCAGGUGAUUAAAAGCCUUUUACUAAACUAGCACUAAAUCCUUUCUAAAGUUCAUGUUUAAAUAUAUUAAGAGACAUUACUGGACAUCAUUUAGUUUGCUUUCUGUUUCAAUAUGCUCUGUCUGGUGUAGUAAAAAGCAAAGUGUGAUUUUGAUAUGAAACAUUGUUCAAACUUCAGACUUGAUCUUGC